AUGGAAUUGCCAUCUUUGGAAUCCCAGAAAGACAGUAGCUCGGGUGAAUGUAGCAUCUGCUAUGAAGCCUAUAAGACACAUUCUAAAUCAAGGUCACCCAAGACCUUGCAGUGUGGACACAGUCUAUGUGUGUGCUGUCUGAAGAAGCUAGUGUGUCAUAGUUUGCUGCUAUCUUUUGUGGUUUGCCCAUUCUGCCGUAGGGUCACUAUCAUACCUGAAGAAGGAGUUCAAGCCUUGAAAACAGACGAGGAGACCUUACGAAGAUCAUCGGUGAGCAGUGUGGUCACAAAUACCUCAAAUGAAGAGCAUUCAGGCUGUUCCCAUGGAAGCAAUUCACCUUCUCUGUUGAUUGGGAGAGAAUACACUCAUCUUCCAACUAUCUUUACUAUAAGUGAGGUUGUAGCACCAGACCAGGGUCAGAUAUGGGGUGGCAGAUACAUGCAAGAAGUUCAGAACACUUACCUCUUGGGAAUCAACCGUCGGGUUGCUCUGUCUGAAGCGCACCCAUCACCCGCCCGCAUGUCCACAUCUGCUGACCGUUUGAGACUUUGCUUUGCUCUGGGACUGAUAUUAUCCAUCGCUUGCAUUUUUUUCAUCCUCAUCUUUUUCAAGUGA